CUCCUCCCCGGUCGGUGGGGAAAACAAACCUUGAGCGGAGGUCCUGCUCUCCUGGGACUCCCAGCCGGUGUGGCUCGUCAGUCCUCAGUGCCGCAGCGCAUCGAGUCCCUUGAGCACUCUGCAGGGGUGUGGGGAGGCAUUGAAGAAUUAAAUUCUGAAUUAGACUACAAAUAGGAUGGACAGUUAUUUUAAAGCAGCUGUCAGUGACUUGGACAAACUUCUUGAUGAUUUUGAACAGAAUCCAGAUGAACAAGGUUAUCUCCAGGGUGCACAAAAUGCAUAUGAUUCUAACCACUGUUCAGUUUCUUCAGAGUUGGCUUCCUCUCAGCUAACUUCACUGCUACCAAAGAAUCAACAAUGCAUUAAUUGCUGUGCCACAUCAGAAACAUGCUAUGAAGCAACUCAAUUUUCCCUGAACAAAAAAACACUUGAGGAACUAACUUCUGUACAAAAUGAAAAAAAUGUAACUGGACUUGAUCUUCUUUCUUCUGUGGAUGAAAUCCAGCCUUUAUACAUGGGACGAUGUAGUAAACCUGUCUGUGACCUGAUAAGUGACAUGGGUAACUUAGUUCAUGUGACUAAUAGUGAAGAAGAUAUGAAAAAAUUGCCAGAUGAUUUGAAAUCUAGUGUUGAUUCUUUGAUUGGACUGGAUUUAUCUUCAGUUUCCAAAACUCUUUGUGUUUCUUCAACAGACCAUGGCAAUAAUACUGUCAGAGAGGAACAGAAUUAUGUCAAUUCUGACACACAAAAUAAAGAAAUCAGUGGAACUAAAGAAUUGUGCAUAGAAGUAGACAGAACACUUUCAGAUUCAUGUAGUUAUAGCAGAAAAGAAAAUCUGAAGGAUAAAAAGGUCUCUAAUAAGUUAGAACCAGUUCUUGAUUUUAGCAUGUCAGCUACUUUGACUCAGCAAAGUUCCCAAAUAUCUGAUGCCAAAGACAACUUACAACACAAGAACCAGCCAUGUGAAUUUGUAAAAGCUGAUGGCUGUUUGGUGAAAGAAGAAGUAGAUGUGGCAGUCAUAGCUACCACAGAAUAUUUAAAAGAAGAAGGCAGCACAAGUGCUUUACCUUGCACACUUCCAAAAAAUGAAAGUUUGUGCUUAAAUGAUUCAAAUUCAAAAGAUGAAAAUCUCAAAUUACCUGACUUUUCCUUUCAGGAAGAUAGUGCUGCUAUAUUUAUAAAACAAUCUGUGAAUGAAGACUCAAGAAGUUUAGAUCUUAAAGACAAUAAAGAUGUAACCAAAGAUUUCUCUUCAACUUUUUGUGUUUCAAGUGAAGAGAUAUAUUCUUCAUUGUCCUGUCUUCCAGCACCUGGCUCUUUGUGUGGAUCAUUAGUUGAAAGUAAAGCUCAUGGUGAUUGUUUAUGUCAGAAUGAAUGUAAAGAUAAUAUACAAGAUGAAGUGACUGUGUGUGAAGAAAUACAGAAGAGUGUUAUUCUAGGUGGAGAACCAUUGAAGGAGACUGAUGAUUUGAAACAGGAAAAAUAUAAAAACAUACUUCAUCAGCCAUCAGUUGAAAGUAUGGGAGAUGGGAAGAUAGAUUCUGACCAGAGGGUAAUCAGAGUUGAAUCUUUGGAUUACCCUGAUACCCCCGGUUCUUCUACAGCUGCAGAAUCUCAAAUGGAGCUUUUUGUUGCUAAUGUGCCAGAGUCUCCUGAUCAUUACGAAGGUCUUGCUUUUUCAAGCAAUGAUAGCAAUGGGCCAGACUUAGAUUACUUCAAUAUUGAUGAGAGCCUGAAAAGUGGUGCACUAGUUAGUGAUGCUGAACUUGAUGCCUUUCUAACUGAACAGUAUCUUCAGACCAGUAACGUAAAGUCAUUUGAAGAAAAUGUAAGUGACUCAAAAUCUCAGGUGAAUCAGAUAGAUACAGAAGGCCUAGAUGACAGAAAUGCCAGUAAUAAAUACUUCAGUGCUGAAGCAGGAGCUACUGGGGAAAGUUCUGGCGUUAAUAUGAUUUGUGAAACUGUUGAUAAAGAAAAUGCAACAGAAAAUGAUGGCCUUUCUUUAGAGGAAAAAAGUACAAUUCCAAUUGAACAAGGCUUAUCUAGUAGUAGGUCUGAUAUUACAAAUGAGUUAUCAGUCUCUGAUGUUAACAGUCAGUCUGCUCAUGUUGGAGGGGCCAGACCUAAGCAAUUGUUUAGUGUUACAUCAAGACCAAGGAGUUCAAAGGAACCAGAUAAGCCAGAUGUUCCAAAUUUGCCUGAAAAUGAACCCAGCAUGGCAAAUACCAUUGUUCCAACCACUUGUACUACAGAUUCUACAGCUGAUUCUCAGGUUAACUUCAACUCUAAUUACAUUGAUAUAGAAAGUAACUUUGAAGGUGGAUCCAGUUUUGUAACUUCUAAUGAAGGAUCUCUACCUGUAAACACUUGCAAGGAAGGUCUGGUAUUGGGCCAGAAACAACCUACUUGGGUUCCUGAUUCAGAAGCUCCAAACUGUAUGAACUGCCAAAUCAAAUUUACUUUUACAAAGCGACGACAUCACUGCCGAGCAUGUGGGAAAGUAUUUUGUGGUGUCUGCUGUAAUAGGAAGUGUAAACUGAAGUAUUUAGAAAAGGAAGCAAGAAUAUGUGUAAUCUGCUAUGAGACUAUUAGUAAAGCUCAGGCAUUUGAAAGGAUGAUGAGUCCAACUGCUUCCAAUCUUAAAUCUGAUCAUUCUGAUGAAUGUGUCACCAUCCAGCCUCGUCAGGAGAUUCACACAUCCAGUAUACCUUCACCUACAAGUUUACCAAUCUCAGCACUUAAACAACCAAGUGUUGAAGGAUUAUGCUCCAAAGAACAUAAGAGAGUAUGGUUUGCAGAUGGUAUAUUGCCCAAUGGUGAAGUUGCAGAUACAACAAAAUUAACAUCAGCAAGUAAAAGACAUUCUGAAGAUUUUAGUCCUCUCUUACCUGAUAUGUCAUUGAUGGUAAAUACAGUGGAUCAUGUUCAUUCUACUACAGUGGAAAAACCAAACAAUGAGAUAGGAGAUUCUGUAAGAAGUGAGAUAAUUCAGAGUCCUAUUUUUCAGGUUCCAUCUGUGGAAAAACUGCCUAUAAACACAGGAACUGAGAGGUUUCCUACUGCUGGUUCUUUUACCCUAGAAGAUGAUGUUUUUGCAGAAAUUGAAGAGCCAUCUAUUCCUACUGAUACCUUAGUUAACAGCAAUAUACCUGUUGCUAAUACUUCAGAUUGUAGGUUACUGUGUGGUAUCGAAAAGAAAGUUGGCAAUAAGAUGAGUCUUCUACCUAAUGAUGAAGAUGGUUUGCCCCCUCUUCUGGUUGCAUCUGGAGAAGAGGGAUCAGUGCCUAUAGUAGAAGAACACCCAUCUCAUGAGCAGAUCAUUUUGCUUCUUGAAGAUGAAGGUUUUCGUCCUGUUACAUUUGUCCUAAAUGCUAAUCUUCUUGUAAAUGUCAAGUUAGUAUUUUAUUCUUCAGACAGAUGUUGGUACUUCUCAACCAAUGGACUGCAUGGCUUGGGACAGGCAGAAAUUAUUAUUCUGUUGUUAUGUUUGCCAAAUGAAAAUAGUAUUCCUAAGGACAUCUUCAGACUAUUUGUCACCAUAUAUAAGGAUGCUCUGAAAGGAAAAUACAUCGAAAACUUGGACAAUAUUACUUUUACUGAGAGUUUUCUCAAUAGCAAGGAUCAUGGAGGAUUUCUGUUUAUUACACCUACUUUUCAAAAACUUGAUGAUCUUCUAUUACCAAGUAAUCCUUUUCUUUGUGGAAUUCUUAUCCAGAAACUAGAGAUUCCCUGGGCAAAGGUUUUUCCUAUGCGCUUAAUGUUGAGAUUGGGUGCAGAAUAUGAAGCAUAUCCUGCUCCUCUAAUAAGUGUAAGAGGCCGAAAACCUCUUUUUGGAGAAAUAGGACACACUAUUAUGAACUUACUUGUUGACCUUCGAAAUUACCAGUAUACCUUGCAUAACAUUGAUCAGCUCCUGAUUCAUAUGGAAAUGGGGAAAAGCUGCAUAAAAAUACCUCGGAAAAAAUACAGUGAUGUAAUGAAAGUAAUAAAUUCUUCUAAUGAGCAUGUUAUUAGUAUUGGAGCUAGUUUUAGUACAGAAGCAGAUUCUCAUUUAGUCUGUAUACAGAGUGAUGGUGUUUAUCGAACACAAGCCAACAGUGCUAGGGGCCAUCCUAGAAAAGUGACUGGUGCAAGUUUUGUGGUAUUUAAUGGGGCUCUAAAAACAUCCUCAGGAUUUCUUGCUAAAUCCAGCAUAGUUGAAGAUGGCUUAAUGGUACAAAUAACUCCAGAGACUAUGGAUGGCUUGCGGCUAGCUCUACGAGAACAAAAAGACUUUAAAAUUACAUGUGGAAAGGUUGAUGCUGUAGACCUAAGAGAAUAUGUGGAUAUCUGCUGGGUGGAUUCUGAAGAAAAAGGAAACCAAGGUGUUACUAGUUCAGUGGAUGGAAUAUCAUUACAAGGAAUUCAAAGUGAAAAAAUGAAACUGGAAGCAGAUUUUGAAACUGAUGAGAAGAUUGUAAAGUGUACUGAGGUGUUCUACUUUCUAAAGGACCAGGAUUUAUCUAUUUCAGCAACUCGUUAUCAGUUUGCAAAAGAAAUAGCCAUGGCUUGUAGUGCUGCACUGUGCCCUCACCUGCAAACUCUAAAGACUAAUGGGAUGAAUAAAAUUGGCCUCAGGGUUUCCAUUGACACGGAUAUGGUUGAAUUUCAGGCGGGAUCUGAAGGCCAACUUCUUCCUCAGCAUUAUCUAAAUGAUCUUGAUAGUGCUCUGAUUCCUGUGAUCCAUGGUGGGACCUCCACCUCCACUAGUUUACCAUUUGAAAUAGAAUUAGUAUUUUUCAUUAUAGAAAAUCUUUUGUAGUGAAAGGAUGUGAGUCAUACUGUAUGUUGGCAAACUAACUUGAUAAAACUAACUCCAGCACUAAAAGUGAAAUGCCACAAACACUAAGAGUAAAUAUGUUUGAUGCUUGAAACAUGUAAGCUUUACUUUUUAGGCAGGAAUGAUCUUUUUAAAUCAUUAGCACAAUAUUUAAAUCUCUAAAAAUUUAAGAGAUCUACAGUUUUUGAAGCUUUACACUUAAUACAAGUACUAAAAAGACAAAGAUUUCUUCUGUCUUUAAGAAAUUUGUAGCAUUUAUUGUAUAUUAUUUAAAUGCUAUGCCAAAGUAUCUGCACUUAGGGAUACCUCUUUAUGUCAAGAACAAUUUAAAUGAAGGCCCUUUUCAGAUGAAACCUUACGAGGGAAAUAGCUGUUUUGUGUAUAUGCCAGUUAGAUUAUUGAUUUAUAAGUCUGUUAAAAAAUGUAUUUCAGUGGUAUAGUUUCCACAUCUUAGACCUACAUAAUUCUUUGAAAAAGGCAGAUAACUUAUUUCUAUAAUUGGAGUGGAGACCUACCUCCAUGAUUAGAUAAACUCAUUGUUUGGAUUAAAAUAAGAAUUUUGCCUUUUUUCUUCUCAAAUUAUUAUAUAUAUAUAUAUCUAUAUCUAUAUCUUUUUCUUGAUUAAAUAGUUAUUAUUAAAAUAAUUGUGGGUGCUUCAGGAUUUGUGCUUCUAUAAGUAUAUUGUUUUUAUAGCAGGAACAUGUGAUUUGGUAUGUGUUUUAUAAAUCUUUAAUAAUUAAUAAAUAGGUAAUAUUUUUGUA